UCAGGCUCUGGAGUAGUGACGUCACCUUCCCCACUGCUUGGAGUGAGAGGGAAAGAGAGGUUGGAAAAAAGCGAGACAUACAAAGUAACUAUUGAACAACCAGAAUGAAGAUGGGAGCCUGGAACCCUACUACCCGGUGAAAGGGAUUUUGUUGAAAGGAGCUCACAUCAAGUUGGAACGGCGCGUCUCCCAAAACACAACUUUUAAAGUCGAUGACAACUAGCAUGGAUACAGCCUCCGCCGCGCUCGUGCUUUGCUUGUUUGUGCGUUCUACCUUCGGAGUUGGAGCUCAGUUCAGUGCAGGAGGCUGUACAUUUGAUGAUGGCCCGGGCCCAUGUGACUACCAACAGGAUUUGUAUGACGAUUUUGACUGGGUACAUGUCAGCGCUCAGGAGCCUCAUUAUUUACCAACUGAACUGCCACAAGGGUCUUACAUGAUAGUUGAUUCCAGUGAACACGAUCCUGGAGAGAGGGCACGGCUACAGCUUCCGGCAAUGAAGGAAAAUGACACUCACUGCAUAGAUUUCAGCUAUCUGUUAUACAGCAAGAGUGGUUCAAGCCCCGGGACACUUAACAUCUUUGUACAGGUGAACAAAGGACCGCUUGCUAAUCCCAUCUGGAAUGUGACUGGUUCCACAGGCAGAGACUGGCUACGAGCUGAACUGGCAAUUAGUACUUUCUGGCCAAAUGAAUAUCGGGUAAUAUUUGAAGCUGAAGUGUCAUCUAGGGAAAAAGGCUACAUAGCUAUUGAUGAUGUCCAAGUCCUCUGCUACCCGUGUGAUAAAUCACCUCACUUCCUUCGCCUUGGAGAUGUUGAAGUUAAUGCUGGACAGAAUGCAACAUUUCAAUGUAUUGCAACUGGACGCGAUGCUAUAAAUAACAAGCUCUGGCUACAGAGGCGAAAUGGAGAGGACAUACCCAUUUCUCAAACAAAGCAUAUUAAUCACAGGCGAUUUGCAGCCACGUUUAAACUGCAUGAAGUAACUGAACAUGAUGAAGAUCUGUACCGUUGUGUGACCCAGUCUGAAAGGGGUUCUGGAGUAUCCAAUUUUGCUCAACUUAUUGUUCGAGAACCACCACGUCCCAUUGCUCCACCUCAGUUGCUUGGUGUCGGCCCCACGUAUUUACUGAUACAGUUAAAUGCCAACUCUAUUAUUGGUGAUGGUCCAAUUAUCCUUAAAGAAGUGGAGUACCGCAUGACAUCUGGAAGCUGGACAGAAACCCAUGCUGUGAAUGCACCUACGUACAAGCUGUGGCAUUUGGACCCUGACACUGAAUACGAGAUCCGUGUCCUACUCACUAGACCAGGGGAGGGAGGCACAGGGCAGUCUGGGCCACCGCUGAUUACAAGAACAAAGUGUGCAGAACCUAUGCGAACACCCAGAAGUUUAAAGAUUGCUGAAAUCCAGGCAAGGCUCAUUGCUGUUGACUGGGAGUCUUUAGGUUACAAUAUUACUCGCUGCCACACCUUCAACGUCACCAUUUGCUACCAUUAUUUUCAUAGUCAGAAUGGGAGCAAAGCUGAUUGCCUGGAUAUGGACCCCAAAGCACCCCGUCACAUUGUGGACAAUUUACCUCCAUAUACGAAUGUUAGCCUGAAAAUGAUUCUUACAAACCCUGAAGGGAGAAAAGAAAGUGAAGAAGUCGUCAUUCCAACAGAUGAAGAUGUUCCUGGUCCGGUACCCAGCAAGUCAUUAGAAGGAAAGCCAUUUGAGGACAAGAUCUUCCUGCACUGGAAAGAACCUUUGGAGCCAAACGGGAUCAUCACUCAGUAUGAGAUCAGCUAUGGUGGAAUUCGAUCAUUUGAUCCAGCUGUGCAAGUGACUGGACCUUUGCAGACUGUGUCAAAACCAUGGAACAGUACACACCAUAUUUUUUCUCAGCUGCACCCUGGUACUACCUACCAGUUUUUUAUCAGAGCUCGUACAGUGAAGGGCUUUGGACCAGAAGUAACUGUCAACGUCACCACUAAUAUAUCUGCUCCGACACUACCAGAUUAUGAAGGGGAAGAUGCAUCUCUUAAUGAAACUGCAACUACUAUUACUGUGCUUUUACGGCCUGCGCAAGCCAAAGGUGCUCCCAUCAGUGCUUACCAGAUUGUAGUUGAAGAACUUCAUCCUCACAGGACAAAGAGGGAGGCCAGUGCAAUGGAGUGCUAUCAGGUCCCAAUCACAUAUCAGACUGCUUCAGCUGGAGGAUCUCCGUAUUACUUUGCUGCACAGCUUCCUCCCAGUAACCUUCCUGAAGCAGCUGCCUUCACAGUAGGGGACAACCGAACUUACCAGGGCUUUUGGAAUCCUCCCCUUGUUCCCAGGAAAGGCUACAACAUCUACUUUCAAGCUGUAAGCAGUGUCGAGAAGGAAACCAAAACUCAAUGUGUCAGAAUAGCAACAAAAGCAGCAGCCAUAGAAGAACCAGAAGUGAUUCCUGAUCCAGCUAAGCAGACGGAUCGAGUGGUGAAAAUUGCUGGGAUUAGUGCUGGGAUUCUGGUUUUUAUCCUGCUCCUGCUGCUUGUUGUCUUAAUUGUCAAGAAGAGUCUUUCCUUCGUGCUCCCACAAAGCCAUUUGUGGCCUUAUAAUAUGACAUGGAGGAGCUACCAUUCUUACUCCUAUUACCUCAAACUUGCAAAGAAGCGGAAGGAUGCCAUAGGUACCACCCGGCAGGAGAUGACGCAUAUGGUAAAUGCAAUGGACAGGAGUUAUGCUGACCAAAGCACAAUUCAUGCAGAAGACCCUCUUUCUAUGACCUUUAUGGACUCCCACAACUAUAGCCCUAGGUUGCCCAAUGACCCACUUGUGCCGACUGCUGUCUUAGUGCCAAUUACUGAUGAAAACCACAGUGCCACAGCUGAAAACAGCCGACUGCUGGAUAUUCCUCAUUACCUCUGUGAAGGAACAGAAUCUCCUUACCAGACAGGACAGCUGCACCCUGCUAUCAGAGUUGCUGACCUUUUGCAACAUAUAAACCUAAUGAAAACAUCAGACAGCUACGGAUUCAAGGAAGAGUAUGAGAGUUUUUUUGAAGGGCAGUCUGCAUCUUGGGACGUAGCAAAGAAAGAUCAGAAUCGAGGAAAAAAUCGAUAUGGCAAUAUCAUAGCAUAUGAUCAUUCUCGAGUUGUCUUGCAACCUGUAGAUGAUGAUCCAGCUUCGGAUUACAUCAAUGCAAACUAUAUUGAUAUAUGGCUGUACAGGGAUGGAUAUCAGCGACCAAGUCACUACAUUGCAACUCAAGCUGCUCAGGAAAUUUUAGCAAACAGGGAGGCGCAUGCUGAACGAUUAGAAAGACUCAGAGAGGCAAGUGGCCCAGUGCAUGAAACAGUGUAUGAUUUUUGGAGAAUGACCUGGCAGGAGCAGUCUGUCUGUAUUGUGAUGGUUACAAACCUAGUUGAGGUUGGUCGGGUGAAGUGUUACAAGUAUUGGCCAGAUGAUACAGAAGUUUAUGGAGAUUUUAAAGUCACUUGUGUGGAAGUGGAACCUCUGGCCGAAUAUGUCAUAAGAACCUUUACACUGGAAAGGAGAGGUUACAGUGAAAUCCGGGAAGUCAAGCAAUUUCACUUCACUGGCUGGCCUGAUCAUGGAGUUCCUUAUCAUGCAACAGGACUUCUGUCAUUCAUACGACGUGUCAAAAUUUCAAACCCUCCCAGUGCUGGCCCCAUUGUUGUCCACUGCAGUGCCGGAGCAGGAAGAACUGGCUGUUAUAUUGUCAUUGAUAUUAUGCUGGACAUGGCGGACAGAGAGGGUGUUGUAGACAUUUACAACUGUGUAAAAGCACUGCGGUCGCGGCGCAUUAAUAUGGUCCAGACUGAGGAACAGUAUAUUUUUAUUCAUGAUGCUAUUCUGGAAGCUUGUCUUUGUGGAGAAACAGUAAUACCUACUUGUGAAUUCAAAGCAACGUAUUUUGACAUGAUCAGAAUAGAUUCUCAAACUAAUUCUUCCCAGCUUAAAGACGAGUUUCAGACACUGAAUUCUGUAACCCCACGGCUGCAAGCAGAAGACUGCAGUAUAGCUUUACUGCCAAGAAAUCAUGAGAAAAAUCGAUUCAUGGACACAUUGCCACCUGACAGAUGCCUGCCAUUCUUAAUCACUCUUGAUGGGGAGAGUAGCAAUUACAUCAAUGCUGCCCUUAUGGAUAGCUACAGACAGCCAGCUGCUUUCAUUGUCACACAACAUCCAUUGCCAAAUACAGUAAAAGACUUCUGGAGACUGGUUUAUGAUUACGGGUGUACUUCUGUAGUGAUGCUGAAUGAAGUGGACCUAACACAGGGCUGUCCGCAGUAUUGGCCUGAAGAAGGAAUGUUGCGAUACGGACCUAUUCAGGUCGAAUGCAUGUCUUGUUCCAUGGACUGUGAUGUUGUGAGCCGGAUCUUCAGGAUAUGUAAUCUUACUAGGCCACAGGAAGGCUAUUUGAUGGUACAGCAGUUUCAGUAUUUAGGAUGGGUUACUCACCGUGAAAUACCAGGAUCCAAACGGUCUUUCCUGAAGCUGCUUCUUCAGGUUGAAAAAUGGCAAGAGGAAUGUGAAGAGGCCGAAGGACGCACAAUUGUUCACUGCCUAAAUGGAGGUGGCCGUAGUGGAAUGUUUUGUGCCAUCAAUAUUGUAUGCGAAAUGAUCAAACGACAGAAUUUUGUAGAUGUGUUUCAUGCUGUGAAGACUCUCCGAAACAACAAGACAAAUAUGGUGGAAACCCUGGAACAGUAUCGCUUCUGCUAUGAUGUUGCAUUGGAGUAUGUAGAAUCAUCAUAGAAGAAUGGUUGUCAGAAAAUUUUAUCUGCAGAAAUCCCUCAAGCUGAGAGAAAGUGUAGGAAACCAUUUUUUUAAUGCUGGACUGGGUUUUAAAACACAAGUACCUUUCUGAUGAAGAUGGGUGUUGUUGAAACAGAAGCUGUUUCUGUCUUUUGAUGGCAUCAGACAUUUAGUGCUUUGUUCCUGUUGAGCCACAUUUCAGUGAUUUCCUGUUACAAUUUGUAUUUAUCGAUUUCUCCAGUGUUUGUAUACGCAGCCAUUCAUUGGGAUGCCAUAAAAUCAAACAUGUAGCAUGUGUGACUAUUAUCCAUGUUCUUGCGUUUUGUGUCAUUAUAAGAGAUGGUUACUUUGAAACAGAAAUGUGUGAACUCCGGAUGCCGGGUGACUCCAUUGUACACUUCGUGUCACGAUUCUGUACCUGGCUUGAAAUGUUUUCAUUGUGCAAUGAAGGCUGGAUCAAUUGCAGUUCUUUGUAGACAGACGUCAACACAUAAGCCAAAGACUUGUGUAAAUAUGUCAAUAUAUGGAGAAAGCACAUUGUAUUUAUUGUUAACUUGCAUUCCUUUUUUUUAAAGGCCGAUGAAACAAUCAUUUUUUAAAGCUUUUUGUGCUACAAGUUAAUUUGACAUUUUACAUAGUUAAUUUUUUUGUACGUUAUCAGUGUAAGUAAAAAUAUUUCUAUGCUUAGACCUGUACACACAUUGCAGUGGUGGUCUUGUGUAAAGGCUUACAAACUACAACCAUGUACACCACAUCUGUAGAAGGUCUUUAAUGGCAGGACCAAAUAAAGCUUUUUUCCCCAAAAUGUAUAGUUUUUCACAAAAGUAUUAGAAGAUAUUGCUGAACAAAGAAUUAUGUAUGUAUUUCUGCUUGGUUAAAAGUAUUGUACUCAGUAUCACAAAAAGAAGGCACAAGAUUUCUAGUUUUAUAGUUUCUUGGGAACAACUGCAUCAGGCUUUCAUUGAAGCAGCUGAAAAGAAUGUGCAUCCGUUUAGGAUGAGAAAUGUUUAGUAACGCUGUAAAUUGUCUAUUUUGAUGUUUACAAUCAUGUUGGCUUUGGGCUGUCACAAAACAGACUUUAAAUAAAUCCAUAAGGAAUUUCAAA